AUGAAUCUCCAAUCCAUCCGACCCAUUACCCAGUAUAAUGUCUCGACCUUUCGACGCCAUUAUAUGGCGGAGAUUGCGGGCUCACUUGGGGAUCUGGGGACCUUCCUUCCCAUCGCCCUGGUUCUCGCUGCUAACCACACAGUCUCCCUCGCCAGCACCCUCAUUUUUUCUGGCCUCUUCAACAUCCUGACCGGGUUAUUCUUCGGGAUUCCUCUUCCAGUCCAGCCCAUGAAGGCCAUUGCUGCCGUGGCUAUUGCCAGGUCCUUCUCUCCUGGAUCGAUUGCCGCAGCGGGAAUCUUUGUUGCUGCCGUUAUCUUCGUCGGGAGUGCCACCGGCCUCCUCCGAUGGUUCACUCGAGUUAUUCCCAUUCCGGUGGUAAAGGGUAUCCAAGUUGGAGCUGGCCUGUCUCUUAUCAUGACUGCUUGUCAGAGCCUUCGUGACCUGGGAUGGAUUCAUCCGUCGUGGGCCGAUAAUCGUCUUUGGGCCAUUGGCAUCUUUCUCGCACUUCUCUUGACCCAUUCUACAGCUAAACGGCUACCGUAUGCUCUGGUUGUUUUUAUUAUAGGCUUAGUUAUUGCCAUUAUUCGCAGUGCCCUUGCUGCGGAACUGCCAGUUAUUUCGGUGUGGCAUCCGAGUCUUGUGGUGCCUGUCGGCUCUGAGUGGUCUGAAGGUGCCAUUGAUGCUGGUCUCGGCCAGCUCCCCCUGACCACGCUAAACUCCAUUGUCGCGGUCGUUCAUUUGGCCGCUGAUAUACUUCCUUCCGUUCCAACUCCGUCUGUUACAGCCAUCGGCCUGAGCGUUGCCGGCAUGAACUUGGUCGGGUGCUGGUGGGGUGCUAUGCCCGUUUGCCACGGCUCUGGGGGUCUAGCUGCGCAAUAUCGAUUUGGCGCGCGGUCCGGAGCGAGCGUCAUCUUCUUGGGACUGUGCAAAUUAAUCAUAGGUCUGCUCUGGGGUGAGAGCCUGGUCGGACUGCUACACCGUUUCCCUGUAGCUCUUCUCGCCGUCAUGGUGAUUGCGGCCGGAUUAGAGCUAGUCCGUGUUGGUGAGAGCCUGAAUACCCCUGGCGCACGAGAUUUGUCGAGACACCACGAAGAAGCAGAGGGGGGUUCCUCUCGAGUCCACCUCAGCGAGGAGGAGCGAACUCGACGGUGGAUGGUCAUGCUGGUUACGGUGGGACUGCUCGUCGGAUUCAAGAACGAUGCGGUGGGAUUUGCUGCUGGCAUGCUAUGCCACUGGGCCUAUGAAUUGCCCAGAUGGGUCGAAAAGUCGCGACGACGUUGGUCAGAAGGAAGAGUACGUCUACCGUGA